AUGUCGACAAGCUUCCCUCUGCCGCCGGAGGUCUUUCGCCUCAUCCUCAUCUGCCUGGAACAUAAUCAGGACACAGCAUCCUUGGCAACACUCCUUCGCGUCAACAAGUCCAUCUGUCGCGUCACCGUCCCUGUCCUCUAUGCCGACCCCUAUCACCUCAAAAACUUCAAGACCACCUCCUACAGCUCCAGCACCGAGAAUGGUGCCAAGGAUCUCUUCGCAUUGACCCGUCUACUUCUGCGCCAAUCUCCAUAUGAUCGGUUGACCGAACUUCUCAAGGCAGCCUUCUUCCCAGCAUCAACUGUAGAGGAAACGCUGCCCGACCCGCAAGUCGACCACAAGGUCAAGGACCAAUUGAUCGACUAUCGGUUUCAUGUCCGAAAGCUGAACCUUCAGCCCGAAUCCAACCCCUUCGCCAACAUCUUCAUGGAGGACCGCAUCAAUAAUGGAAACAACACUCUGACGGAAUUCCUGGGGCAGCCUACAUACCGCGACAAGCCCAGGGACUUUCUGAAGAAUCAAAUCUGGAAGGAGCUUACAUGGGCGCUCUGUGUCCCCGACAACCUGCAGGAACUGUACCUCCCCCUCACGGAACUGAAUCGGUAUCAGGGCUUGAUCGUCCAGCUUUCCAGGCUCUCUUCCGUGGUCUUUGUGAACGACCUUCAAUUGACAAGAACAUCCAAGAACGACGCUAAAAGGUCCAGGCAGUUUAACAGGAUGGUCAAGUUUGUGGAGAGACACGCGACACUUUUCCCAAACAAGCUGCGUCAAGCCCGAUGCACCCAUAUUCCCUAUAGUAGCAACGAUUGUCCCAAGAGCAUUCAUCUCAAACUGGCCACAAUCCUUCCGCUUCUAUCAGUGCCGACGUUUCUGGACUACACCAACUGGACCCAGUUUGUCAUGCGGAGCAAGGAGGUCAAUCUCGAGUAUGUCAAGGAUAUCCAAGCUGUCGGCUAUCCGGCGUACAAAGACGUAUACUUCAAUGAUCGGCUUUUCACCGACGAUGGCUACUUCUUGCAGCGCUGCAGGUCACUCGAGACUGUCGACUUGGACAUAACGGGCCUGGGGGCGCAGGACAUGUUUCGAUGGGCUGUCAAGGAGAAACAAGAAUCUGAACUGGAUAUCGCCAACGGGAGGACACCCAACCCCCUUCCUCCUCUUCAGGAAGUCGCUCUCCGUAUCAGUAGCGGGACCCAGUCCCAAAUCUUGUUCGACAUUGCCUCCGUUUUUGGUGGCACCCUUUCGAACCUUUACAUCAGCGGAGGAUGCCCUCCGUUGCGUUACUUGGGCUCGCAUGCUCUUGUUAUCGAUGGUUUAGGAUGGAAGUUGGAGCGGCUUGAUGACCUUGCCUUGGAGUCGGUCACUGGUCCCCUCCUUCUUCAUCCCGACUUGCUGCUGACUUGCCCAUCCGUGAAGACACUGAUGCUUGACGACGUGGAUGCCGAAGAAUAUUUACAGGGACAUCCCACCUUUCGAUACUUGAAGCCGGGUGUUCUAGAGCAUGUUAAGCAAAUCAAGUUGAGGGGCACACCUGCAGCGGCUUUUCACCCGGACACGCUUCACACCACCAAAAAUCUGGAGCAGCUACUAUUGAUGCCGUGGGACACCAACACGGUCGGACUCCGGGGCAACUUCGGGUCCGACGACGACGAGGAGGAGGAGAAUGACAUUGAGCAGUUAAAGUGGGCGCUACACCAAGCUGAGGACGAGAACAGGAUGGCGUUAUGGCCGCGAAUAGCCGAGCCCGUUUGGACAUGGGACUGGGACCUCCCCAAGCUAACCAGACUGUCACUGUCUUGCCAGUACGCUCACAUGUUCCAAUUCAAGAUGUUCCAGGGUACCCCCAACCUCACUCAUUUGAGACUCGCUGGCGCCUCCAGCUUGCGCUUCCUCGGACCUCUGAUGCAGCCCUGGGAUUACACGAGUCCGUCGAAUUUCGCCCUCAACCCCAGGGGGAUGAUCUAUGACCAGUUCACAUCCGACAAGGAUGACCACAACAACAACGAGCACGAGGACGACCAUGAGGGCGACCAUAAGGAAGACGACGAGGGCGAGGGAUUGGAGAGCGCACCGGCAACCAUUCCAACCCAACACAUCCAUCUACCCAAGCUCGUGGACGUGUCCAUCAAUGGAAACUGGGAGAUUAACACUGCGAUGCUGCAUUUUAUGUGCUCUCAGCUGGCCCCGAACCUCGAGUCACUCGCCCUGCACGGACCGUAUGGUCUCUCGGCCAAGGAGCUGAUCAAGAUCACGUCUCGCACCCUAGGGCGCCUCCAGCAGGUCGUUGUAGAUUUGGCCAUUUCGUCUGAAGCCGCUCGGGCGGCAGGGGUGAUACCUUGUGAAGGUGAUUUGGGGAAAUUUGUUCUUGCCAACCCUCCACAAGGGUACAACCCUUCCUUCAUCUUCUCUACCAUCUACUAA